AUUUCGGUUCAUUCAUGGAGUCAAGACUAUGGGAGACUAUAGAGACGUGUAGAAUUGUCGAAUUAAGCAUUUUCGACAAAUUGUUUAAAUUAAUCGUGCCAGGGGACGGCGACCUGCUCGGUUGUUGCCAUGGCAUCCGGCCCAGACAUCGACGGAUCUCAGGCGAAUGAGCCCUGAAAGCGCUACCGAGCCCCACAAUGUCGCACUGCCGGGCCCUGCCCGUUGCCCGACGGCGGCAACCCAUUUGAAUCAGAGAGGUUGCCGCGCACUCUUUAGUAAUUCAAAACUAUUGCUCGAACGUCUGGCCCCUUCAGUUUCUCUCAGAUUCCCGAAAAUCAUCUCACGAUUUCUGGAUAAACUUGUACCCGCCGUACCAGAUGCAGGUCCAUUUCGCAACCCGGAUCCGAUUUCCAAACCCGUUCCUGAACCCUAAAUCAAUUCCUUUUCGAUCCGCGUCCCUGAGCGUCAUCCUCAACAAGCUCCAUCCUUUCCCCAACCAGAUCGCCGGCGUCCACCGGAUAUCCGCGGAAAUGGCGGAAACGGCUCGCUCGAAUCCGAAGCGACCCGUCUGCCCGUCCUGCUCCAAGCCCGCGCGCACCUGCCUCUGCGCUCGGAUCCGAUCUCCGGGCCUCGAUCACCCCGUCAGCGUCACCGUUCUCCAGCACAGCCUGGAGCGGAGGCAUUCCCUCAAUUCCGCUCGGAUCCUGAGGCUGGGGCUCAAGCACGUCGCCGUCGCCGCCGUUUCCGACGUCAACUUCGGCGCCGAGUUCUCGAUCUCGCCGCUCGAGCGAGGCUCCGGAGUCGGCGCCGGUGGAUUGGUCGGUGUGGAUUUGGGUGCCCGAGACGGGGAGCAAUCGAACGGAGCUCAUUGUCCCGGGGAUGGUAGGAACUGCGGUUUGAUUGCCCCGAACAAUGUCGAAGUUUCGGGGGAUUCCCCGGUGCAGCAGAACUCGCGCUCCCGUGGAGUCGUGUCUGGAGGUACUACUAGCGAACCUGUUAUCAGUUUUCGAAUGGGCAAGAAGGGCAUUAUCAAAUCGAUAGACCAUAUCUGGAUGUCUCGAAUCGGUCAUAAAGGAGAUGAUUUUGAUGCCAUAUUAGAUUGUGAGUUGGCUCGUGAUGUUCUGUCGAAUGGAUUUGUGGUUAGGAAGUUGCAAAACCUUCCAUUGAAUCCGAGCUUGGAGCUCGAAGAAUGUGAGGAAUUCGUGCUCGAGGUGCCGCGCGGGUCGGUACUUCUGUUCCCGUCCGAGAAUGCGCUCGGCAUUGACGGACUCAAGGCAGCUGAGUUCGAAGUGAGGAACCUGAUUGUGCUGGAUGGCACGUGGAUGAAGGCAAAGAGGAUGUACAGCGAGAAUCCUUGGUUGAAGCUGUUGCCUCAUCUGAAGUUGGAUUUGGAGGUGAUGAGCUUGUACGGAGAAGUUAGAAGUCAGCCUAAGGCUGGAUGUUUGUCCACUCUCGAGAGUGUCAUCUACACGAUGAAGGUGGUUGGGGGCAGUCCGGAGGGGCUGGAUCAACUGUUGGAUGUUUUCGAGUCGAUGGUCGAUGAUCAGAGACGAUGUAAAGACGAAAGAUUGGGUAAAUCCACUCCAGAGUAAGCCUCUUCCAGCUUGGCUUCCAUGACGAGCUCUUCAGCAAUUUUCUGUUCGAGUUCAUAUCGCAUAAUUGCAUUGGUUAUAUGUGCCUGUUGAAUCCUCAUUCAAUGAGGUCUUAUCUGUCCCCUGUGUUUUGCACUUCUCAAGGUUUUCCAGAAUCUCAUGCAUCGUAAUCUCCUGCAUUAGCAUUUUCAAUCUCUUCUCCAGUUCUUUCUAAGUUGAAUUUGCCAAAAAUGCACUGAUUUUCUGCACUGUGAUUCUCUCAGUUAACUUUGUGAAUAUUGACUUCCAGCAAGCACGUUGGGUUGAGUAUCAAAAUAUCUACUUAAGCUUUUAUGCUGUAAUUCAAUCUAUUACUAGAAUAUGACCUGUGCGGUUCACAGAUAUACGUAACUACAUUAAAGUUCAAUGUAUUGACAAGUCAGAAUUCAGAUAGAAAUUGCCGUUUCUCAAAUAACUCCCUAUUAUUUAGCUUAGUUAGUUACUUCUGUUAGAUUUCAAAUAAAAAGAGAAUCAAUAUUCAUUUUACAAAGAGAGUACAAAUAUGUUAUGCCAAAGCGGGUUGUCGUACUAAUGAUAAAUCACCACUCCAUGUAAAAAAUGAUCCCUUUUCGCCAGCCCGAUCAUGAUAAUUAGGGAUCUUUAGAAUUUUAACACAGGAAAAGAGGCAGUCAAGGGUAAUAGGAGGAUUAGAGAAUCUUGGCCUAUCCACUGAUCUAACUUUAUAAUCAAAUUAGGUACCAUAUAGAGAAUCAUCAUUCGUCCACUUAUAUUGAUUAAUUAAUGAAGAAAUAACGUAGUUUUCUUCAUUGUAUUUCAUCAUUCUAUGAUGAAAAUGAUGACUUAGCACCUUAUUUCAUCUUAUAUUAUUGUGUUGGGAAUAUUAUAUAUUAUGCUCUAGAAUGUAGAAUAUCUACUUGAUAAAGUUAAAGAACAAAAUCAAUUCUCUUGUUUAUUAUCAGAUCAUAUUGAAAUUCCGUUAGUAGUUUUAUUGCUAUUUGUUGACACCUAUUUUGAUGGCAGUCGCGACACUAUUGUCUUACCUAUUUCAUAGGAUAAAAGAGAAAUUAUAUAUAUUGUGCUGAAAAAGAAAUAAAUAAUUUCAACUUCACUAUAACAUAGAUUCAAUCUAUAGAAUUGAAUCUCCUUUUCACAUGUUGAUGCUCUGUCAUCAUUUUUUUUUGUUGAAAUAUUAUGAUGUGUUUAGGUCAAAAGCAAGAAAAAAGAAAAAAAUUAAAAAAAGUAUUAGAAUCAGAUUCAAACCAACCCAAAGAAAUUAGAAGAGCAAAAGAAAAUUUACGAGAGAGGCCACGUGUUCUUUUCCUAUACAAACCCCAUUUGUUUGUAGGUAAUAUAGAAAGCGUUGAUA